CGGAACCCUAUAAUUUUGUCGGAUAACGAAAUCAUCGAUCAGCUCUGUGCUCCACGGCAUUCGAAUCUUGCUCUCAUUCGCAAACAAUGGAGGAGGAGUGCUGCUCGACGCACCUCAUCGACGCCGACGGAGAGUUUAACGUUUCUGGUUUGGAAAAUUUCAUAAAAACGGCAAGGCUUGGCGAGUGCGGCCUCUCCUACGCAGUCGUCGCGAUUAUGGGACCCCAGAGCAGCGGGAAAAGCACCUUACUUAACAAACUUUUUGGAACCAAUUUUAGGGAGAUGGAUGCUUUCAGGGGAAGGAGUCAAACCACGAAAGGCAUCUGGAUUGCAAAGAGCCUUAGCAUCGAGCCUUGUACAAUUGUGCUGGACUUAGAAGGCACUGAUGGGAGGGAAGAGGAUGAUACAACAUUUGAGAAGCAAAGUGCUCUUUUUGCUCUGGCGGUUUCUGACAUUGUUCUCAUUAACAUGUGGUGCCAUGACAUUGGCCGGGAACAAGCUGCUAACAUGCCACUUCUAAAGACAGUUUUUCAGGUCAUGAUGCAUUUGUUUUGCCCUAGAAAGACAACGUUAUUAUUUGUUAUACGUGACAAAACAAAGACUCCAUUGGAACACUUAGAACCAGUUCUGAGGGAGGACAUUCAAAGGAUUUGGGAUUCUGUUGCUAAGCCUGAUGCACACAAAGAUACUGCUUUAAGUGAAUUCUUUAACGUUGAGGUCACAGCUUUGCUUAGUUUUGAAGAGAAAGAAGAACAAUUCACAGAACAGGUUGAACUGUUGAGGAACCGGUUUAUGCAUUCAAUUGCACCUGGAGGCCUUGCUGGUGACAGAAGAGGCGUUGUUCCUGCUUCUGGAUUUACUUUUAGCGCACAACAAAUUUGGAAAGUUAUAAAAGAAAAUAAGGACCUUGAUCUUCCUGCUCACAAGGUAAUGGUUGCUACAGUUCGGUGUGAAGAGAUUGCAAAUGAAAAACUUAGUUUUUUGACAUCUGAUGAGCGCUGGCUUGAAUUGAGUGAAGCAGUUCUUUGUGGUCCCGUGCCAGGUUUUGGUAAAAAACUAACUUCCCUUUUGGAUGCUCAUCUUUCAGAAUAUGAUAUGGAGGCUGUCUAUUUUGACGAAGGUGUUAGAACUGCAAAAAGACAACAAUUGGAAUCAAGAUUAUUGCAACUUGUCCAUCCUGCUUUUCUUGCAAUGUUGGGACAUCUACGUUCCAAAUCUCUUGCUAAAUUUAAAUCUGACUUGGAAAAGUCAUCGAAGGGUGGAAGAGGAUUUGCAGCAUCUGUCCGUGAUUGUGCUCAAUAUUCUUUGCUUCAAUUUGAUCAAGAAUGUUCAGAUGCGGCAAUUAAGCAAGCUGAUUGGGAUGCGUCGAGAGUUCGGGAGAAACUUCAACGUGAUAUCGAGGCUCAUGCAACAUUCAUAGAAAGUACAAAGUUGUCAGAAUUGAGGUCUUUUUAUGAGAAGCAAAUAACAGAAGAACUUGCUGAACCUGUCGAGUCUCUUUUCGAUGCUGCCGGACAACAUACUUGGGCAUCAAUUAGAAAACUUUUCAACCAAGUAACAAACAAAGCUCUCUUUCAGUUAUUCACCUCUCUUUCAGGAUUUGAGUUGGACCAGGUUAACUCUGAAAAGAUGAAGAUGAAUCUCAAGCAACAUGCAAGAGAGGUGGUGGUAAAGAAAUCUAGAGAAGAAGCAGGAAAGGUUUUGAUCCAUAUGAAAGAUAGGUUCUCAAAUGUGUUCAGCCAUGACAACGACUCCAUGCCGAGGGUAUGGACAGGGAAGGAAGAUAUUCGGAAGAUCACGAAGGAAGCUAAUGCUGUGGCUUUGAAACUUCUAUCUGUCUUUGCUGUGAUCCGCUUGGAUCAGAAACCAGAUAAAAUUGAAAGCAUUCUAAAUUCAGCUCUUGGAGAAGCUCCAGCUUCCGAAAAACAAGGAAUGGAAGCGUUGACUGAUCCACUUGCUUCAAGCACAUGGGAAGAAGUUCCUCCAGAAAAUAUUCUCUUCUCACCAGUUCAGUGUAAAUCUUUGUGGAAACAAUUCAGGACAGAAACUGAGCAUACCAUCAUGCAAGCAAUUUCUGUACAGGAGGCUCACAGGCGCAGCAACGCUUUGUUACCUCCUCCGUGGGCCAUUGUCGCCAUUGCGGUUCUAGGUUUCAAUGAGCUCAUGAUGCUUUUGAGGAAUCCUCUGUACCUGUUUGCAAUUUUUGUUACUUUUUUAGUGUCAAGGGCUAUAUGGAUUCAACUGGACAUUACUGGAGAAUUCCAGCAUGGCACGCUCUCAGGUCUUUUAUCAAUCUCAUCCAAGCUUCUACCGAGAAUAAUAGACCUCCUAAAAAGGCUUGCUCAAGCAGGGAACCAGCAACCUCUCAGCUCCCAGAGCUUUCAGAGCCCAUCUCACACGCAAGCCUCUGUGCCCAACACAUCAAUGGAGUCAUCUUCUUCUUCAUCAACUGUUUCUUCUCCGAGAGAUGGAACUGAGUUUCUUAGCAAUCCUUCAAUUAAACAGCAUUUUGGUGACACCGAUUCAGAAUCUACCACCUCAUAAAUAAAAAGCUAAUUUUUUCUCUAAAUAAUGUAAAUUUCAUUUUUC